CCGGCACAGCCAGGACGCUGCGGCCUCUCGAGCCGCGCCGGGAAGCGCCGCGGGGUCACUGCGGCGCCCACCGGGGCCGCUUCUACCCCUCGGCCCUGCGCAGGGCGCCGGCGGCACCCGCCCCUUCCCCCGCGGCCUCGCUGUCUCAGGCCUUUCUUAAAUCUUUCCAUGUCUAAAUGGACUCCUGAAUGUAAUAUAGUUUAUACCCUAAAAGCGGAUAUGAAGAGUGAAGUUCCUUCUGAUGCACCAAAGAGACAGGAGAGUCUGAAGGGGAUCCUCUUGAACCCUGAGCCUAUUGGGGAGGCCAAAAGCUUCACUGCAGAAGUUGAGAUGAUUGCCAGUAAAGUAGGGAAUGAGUUCUCUCACUUGUGUGGUGAUUCUCAAAAGCAAAAGGACAUGAAUGGCAACCAUACAGACCAAGAGAAAGGUAUUGUGGUGCGAAAAAAACGCAAGAGCCAGCAGGCUGGUCCUUCAUACACUCAGAACUGUCCUGAUAAAGAAAACAAAGGAAUCUUAGGAUUGAGACAGCAUCUAGAAACACAGAGUGAAGACAAUGAUUCUUCUUUUAGUGACUGUAUCUCAUCGCCUUCAUCUAGCUUGCAUUUUGGGGACUCUGACACGGUAACAUCUGAUGAGGAAAAAGAUGCUCCUGUGAGACACCCUCAGGCAGUGCUGAAUACUCCGAGCAGAACUCACAGUGCAAGGUCACAAAAGUGGCCUCGGACUGAGGCAGACUCUGUACCUGGGUUAUUGAUGAAAAGGCCCUGUUUUCACAACAGUUCUUUAAGAAGACUUCCAUAUAGGAAGAGAGCUGUGAAAACAAGUUCAUCACAGCGGACACAGAACCAAAAAGAACGAAUUUUAAUGCAGAGGAAAAAGCGGGAAGUGUUGGCUCGAAGAAAGUAUGCUUUACUUCCCAGUUCCAGCAGCUCCAGUGAGAAUGAUCUCAGUACUGAAUCUUCUUCCAGUUCAUCUACUGAAGGGGAGGAGGACUUGUUUGUGUCAUCUGGUGAAAACCACCAGAAUAGCACAGCUGUUCCUUCAGGAAGUAUUGAUGAAGAUGUUGUGGUGAUCGAAGCAUCCUCCACUCCCCAAGUCACUGCUAAUGAAGAAAUAAAUGUUACCUCAACAGACAGUGAAGUGGAGAUUGUCACAGUUGGUGAAAACUACAGGUCCCGCUCGGCGCUCGGCCACGCGCGCUCGCACUGGGCCGCGGGCUCCAGCUCGCACGCGGCGCGGCCGCCGGAGCAGCGCUCCCGCAGCAGGGUCUCCACCGUCAUCCAGCCCCUGCGGCAGAACGCCGCCGAAGUCGUGGACCUCACCGUGGAUGAGGAUGAGCCGACAGUUGUGCCAACCACAUCAGCUCGAGUGGAGCCGCAGGCCGUGAGUUCUGCUUCCACUACCAGCUCCAGUACCUCUACCUCAGAGCAGGCCUCUGAUGCAGCUCCCAAUGUCUCCAGCAGCCAGCCCUCUGCAGCACCAGAGACCACUCCCAGUCUCCCCAGUGGCAGCACUGCUGGCACUUCAACUGGAGAUGAAAUAAGAAGAGCUGCAUCUAAUUCGACACUGGAAACUGGCCCUCCGGCCAUGCCAAGGCUGCCAUCGUGCUGCCCCCAGCAUUCUCCUUGUGGAGGGCCUUCACAGACUCAUCAUGCAUUGGGCCACCCACAUACCAGCUGCUUCCAGCAGCAUGGCCACCACUUCCAGCACCACCACCAUCACCACCACAACCCUCACCCAGCUGUGCCGCUGUCUCCUUCGUUCAGUGACUCCAGCUGCCCCGUGGAAAGGCCUCCUCCUGUGCCUGCCCCGUGUGGAGCAAGCAGCAGUUCUGGCACCACUUACCACGAGCAGCAGGCAUUGCCAGUAGACUUGAGCAGCAGUGGUAUCAGGAGCCACGGCAGCGGCGCUUUCCACGGCACGUCGGCGUUUGACCCGUGCUGCCCCGGCUCGUCGUCGCGCACGGCGCUCUACGGGCACCAGGCGGGCGCGGGGCCCAGCCAGGCCCUGCCCAUCGACGGCUACGGCUCGGGCAUCGUGCCACAGCCACAGCCCCCGCCCCAGGCAUCGCUCUCCUCCUGCCGCCACUACAUGCACUCUCCUUAUGCUUCCUUGACCAGACCUCUUCACCAUCAAGCUUCUGCAUGUCCUCACUCUCAUGGAAAUCCUCCUCCGCAGCCGCAGCCUCCACCUCAAGUGGAUUAUGUUAUCCCUCAUCCAGUGCAUCCCUUCCAUCCUUCAAUCUCCUCUCAUGCAUCUUCUCAUCCUGUUCCACCUCCACCACCAACUCAUCCUUUGGCCAAUGCAGCUGCUCCAAUUCCACAGCAUCUCCCUGCAACACACCAGCCCAUAUCCCAUCACAUCCCUGCAACAGCACCUCCAGCACAGAGGCUACAUCCUCAUGAAGUGAUCCAGAGGAUGGAGGUCCAGAGAAGAAGGAUGAUGCAACACCCAACACGUGCUCAUGAGCGGCCUCCUCCUCAUCCUCACAGAAUGCAUCCCAAUUAUGGUCAUGGGCAUCACAUCCAUGUGCCUCAGACUAUGUCUUCCCAUCCUCGACAGGCUCCAGAGAGAUCUGCCUGGGAACUAGGAAUUGAAGCUGGUGUGACUGCAGCUACCUACCCUCCAGGGCCCUUGCAUCCUCACUUGGCCCACUACCAUGCACCUCCUCGACUGCAUCACUUGCAAAUAGGAGCUCUUCCUCUAAUGGUACCAGACAUGGCGGGCUACCCUCACAUCCGUUACAUUUCAUCGGGAUUGGAUGGAACAUCAUUCAGAGGCCCUUUCAGGGGCAAUUUUGAGGAGCUGAUUCACUUGGAGGAACGACUAGGCAAUGUUAAUCGUGGAGCAACACAGGGAACUAUAGAAAGAUGCACAUAUCCACAUAAAUACAAAAAGGUAACAACUGAUUGGUUCUCACAGAGGAAACUGCACUGCAAACAAGAUGGGGAGGAAGGAACAGAAGAAGACACAGAGGAAAAGUGCACCAUCUGUUUGUCUAUAUUGGAGGAAGGUGAAGAUGUCAGGCGCCUUCCCUGUAUGCACCUUUUCCACCAAGUAUGUGUAGAUCAGUGGUUGAUUACUAACAAGAAGUGCCCCAUUUGCAGAGUGGACAUUGAGGCUCAGCUGCCUAGUGAAAGUUGACACUGCUUUCCAGAACUCUUGUCCUCCCUGUCACUCCCUCUCAUCCUUGCUGGUACUGCAGUCAACCAAAGAUGGCAUGACUUACCUGCGCAGAUUUGGAAGCAUUGAACCCAGAGUGCUGGCUCUGCUAUAUGGUACAACUAAUGCUAGACCUACAGUUUAUGUAGAAGACAGUUGAGUUUCAGUGUAUUUAUAAAUUUGUUUUGUUUUACAUUUUUUUCUUUAAAUUCAUUACUGUAUUUUUGCAUGGUUCCUUGUAUUGCAUUUGUUUGCACAUAUUAUGGGCUUUGUGACCCCAGACUUGCAGGCAAGAUUAGCUGCUUUAGUAAGUAGAAUUGUGUGGUCUCUUUUUUGGUUUGUUUUAUGUAGUAUCAAGCUUUGAAAGUAUGAUUUCACUCAUUACUAACCUUGAAUUCCUUAAUUUAAUCGAUCAUAUAUAUUUUAGUUGAAAUGUAUAAAGAUCAUCUAGAAAAGGAUAAUAUUAUGUAUUGAGACAUUCCUUAAUUAGGAAAAAAUGGCUGCUGUAUAUUUACAAGAUCAGUUAUGAGUCAAAUAACAUCCUUAAUACUGGGAACAGAAUAUGAAUUAUAUUCAGUUUGACUGAUACAUAUAGCAUACUCAUCACCAGAGUUUUUGUCUGAUCAGAUUUUUGUGUUCGUUUUAAAAAUUUCAGCACAAUGCAGAUAUAUUUGAAUGUCAAUAUUAAACAUUUAGACUGCUGUUCAGAUUGUAUUUAUCAUUUUCUUCUGUGUCUAGAAAUUUGAAUCCCUAACUUAAAUAUAUGCUGCUGUGAAACAGCUCUUAGUGAACACUAAAUGUUGAUUUCAGUUAGCUGGAUUGUAGAUACUUGCAGACUGAAAGAGUUAUUAGGGACAUGGAAAAAGAGCUUAGAAUCUGUUUGGUCUUCUGCUAACUUAAGUUGAAGUAUCUGCGCACAUUGAGGGUUGGUUUUUUUGGGAUUUUUUUUUUUUUUUGCUAUGUUUUUGUUUAUUUGUUUGGGUUUUGUUGGUUUGUGUUUUUUUAAAAUAUAAAACCAUUCAAUAAGGACUUAAAGCUGCAGGGUUUUUGUUUGGGUUUAUAUACGUGAAUUCAUAGAAUUUCUAAGGAUUCCAGGCUUGUCUUGGGAUUUUUAUUAGAUUUAAAGUUAAUAAAGUUAGCUAAAUC